UAUUCACUUCAAAUCACAAUCAGCUGCUUAUGUUUUGUUGGGUAAAAAAUUAUUGUAAAAUUCACAAAAACAACUUCAGAACGCCGCAAUAAACACAUCCCAGCCGAAGCAAUUUAUCGCAGACGAAGGAAUGAAUAAACAACGCCCACCACCGUAUUCCGCAGGACCUGGUGUUCAUCAAUACCAAGCAUCAGCGCCAAUUUUCGCCCAUCCUCAGCAAACCGCACCCCCUUCUUAUGGAUCAACAACAGUUGUCAUUACUCAACCUGAAGUAAUAAUUAUCGGUGCCUGUCCAGCCUGCAGAGUUGGGGUGCUAGAGGAUGACUUUACUUGCCUUGGAUUACUAUGUGCGAUUUUAUUUUUUCCACUUGGAAUUUUGUGUUGUCUAGCUAUGAGGGAGAAGAGAUGUUCAAACUGUGGUGCCAAUUUUGGUUAAUGCUGGGUAUCGGUUGGUGGACCAUUCAUCCAUAAAUGUUUAUUUUCGUGUAUUUCCUUUAUUGGCUAAACUUUUAAACAAUAUACUUAUCGUUUGUCUUUGUCAAAGCUUAUGUUUAUUGUCAAUUCACUAGGUUGCUUACCUCAACGAUUUAAGAAAGCUGUAAAACACUA